GUACAUGUAUAUUUCCUACUUCACUUUUACCGGAAUGAUUUACUCGGAUGAUUCUUUUGAACCUGGUAAUUGUAUUCUUAAUUAAUACCAAAAAUCCCCUAUACCCACCAUUCAAUUCUGAUAGACAAUCUCAGUAUUCACGUAAAAUUCGUUGGAAUCGGACUAUCAGAGAGUGCGAUCGAGCAGAAACCAGAAGAAGCGCAUUGGGAUGAGUGUGUUUGGAGGAGAUAGCUGGGCGAGAGAAGCAGGGCAAAGGAAGAGAAGAGUCGACGAUCUGAUUGCAGGAAACAUCAACGCUUCAGCUUACAAGAAGCUAUCCUCAGGCAAAUUCUCAUGUCUUGUUUGCCCUCACAAUCCCGUCCUUGACACUCUCUCUGUACUCUCUGCUCAUUUAAAAGGAUUACGCCAUCGAGCUGCUGAGUUGAGGCUCAAGGAUAAAGAACUAGCCAGACAAGACGAGAUAAACAAGAGAUUCGCAUUGUCCGACCAUGCUACUGAUAAUUCUAACAGACCAUGUAGGCCCUUAAGCAAACGCCUGAUCGAAAACACCAAAAGGGCUGUUUCCGAUAUGCAUAGAACUGAAAAUGUUAAGCAAACUCCCGUCUGUCAACCGCCUGAGCUCCAAUGUUAUAGAAGCCUGUCAAUUAGUGAUGGUAACGGGUGUGUUCCAACAGAUGUUGCUCCACGACAUAAAGGCAUCCAGCACGCGGCUUAUGAUCCGGAACGACAUGAGAGAGAGCUUAAGUUUACUGCUGCUGGCUGGAAGCGAGAUGCCCAUGGUAGAUGGUUCAAAGACGAGAAUGUGAGUAUUAGGAUCUAUUUGGAAGAGUUGUUUGAGUAAAUGUAUGCAUAACAGCAAGGAAAAGCGGUUGCGUACCCAUUUUCAGCCAAAAUAAGUUGAGUUUGACUCUGAUGAAGAAGACCCCAACAUGUCUCUUGCUUGAUAUAAUAUCAGUGAAGUAUCAUUUAUUGCCUCCAUGGGGAUUGCAUACCAUUCAUCACAGUAUGACAAAUAUCACUGGCUGACAUGCAUAACAGUAAUUCAACACCAGGAGAAAAAAUGGCAGAUUCAAAGAUGCAGUGGCCUGUUUGGAUGAGAGUUAGUGACUUGUCCUAUGGUGUGUCUAUCCAUUAUCUUUUUGGAUACAUCAGAAAGGAUGGUUUGUCUAUCCAUAAAUCAACACCAGAAGAAGAAAUGGCAGAUUCAAGGACAUUUAUAUUUCUUUCAUUUUUUCUUUGUACUUUAGGCUUUAUACAGACUUGUUAGUAGUACUUCGUACACAAUAAUAGUGGGCAGCUCAAUAGAUAAAUACUGCGUUAAACAUUACCAGAAGCAAAAAGAGAUGGAGCUCUUUUUUUAUAUUACUUAAUAACUACACUACUGAGCAAAAAAUGGAGCUCCAUUUCACAAAAAAGUUUGAUAUAACUUUGCACAAAAUAUGGUCAGAUAAGCUAAAACAACCAUCAUAUCCACACUUCUAAUCACAUUCCUCAUCUGGAUGAUAGCCUGUGGUACAAAUCAUCUGCCAGUGCUUGCCUCGCGCUAUCCCCAUCAUAAUAGGAAGACUUCUCGUUAUCCAAUACCUUCGGCGGUAAACCGAUCUCUUCCGGAUCCUUCCAGGCCUCUGGCUCGGGUUCCCUUGCAAUCUGACACAAAUUGUGCAACACACAGCAGGCAACAACUGUUUGAGGGGCGUGUCUAAUAUCCACAUUCAAGUCUUGAAGAAUCUUCCACCUUGCCUUCAACAAACCAAUGGCUUCCUCCACUGUCUUCCUCCCCUUCACCAAUGCCUCAUCGAACGUGUUCUGUGCAGGACCCCCAGUCCUGUAACGAGAGAAUGGGGUGAGUAAAAAUGACAGCAAUGGGAAUUUCCAGUCACCCACCAGGUGGGGCUUCACUGCCUGCCCUCUAAUGUGUACUGUCCUGUCCCAAACUAUGUCUUCGGAGAUCAGCCGGUUGUACAAUAAGCUAUCCCUGAAAUGUGUGGCAUCGUCGAACCCACCCGGGGCUUUCACGCAAGCGUCCCAGAAAACCUUCUUGUGGUCUGCCACGACCUGGAGGAGGAUGGCAGGGAACCCGUGUUUACAGAAGUACAUGGAGGAGUUUAUGGUGUCUGAAGGAAGGUGAUGAAGCCGUAUGGGGGUUCCGUGGAUGGCGCCGCAAAUGUUCGGGAGGGAUGUCAGUUCUUGAAAACCCUGGGUGGUUUCCACCACACGGCGGCGGCUCACGGGGAUUUGAAUAAACUCCGGGUAAAGCUUGGUGGCCAGUAGGCGGGUGACCAUGUUGGUGAUUUUGCAAACCAGGUAGGGUUCUAGACCGUAACGGGACGCUAGGGUUUUAGCAGAAAGCCCAUUGGAGAGCCUCGAGAGAACCAUCGCGACGGCGUAAUCGGAAGGGAGGGAGAUUUGGGAUCGGGCGAUGUAGGGUUUGAGUUUAUCGACGACGGUGUUGAAGACGGGGUAAGAGAGGCCGUAAAGAGACCGCCAUUGCGCGUCACGCAGAGGAGCUUCCAUGGCCCAUAUGUGUUCAGUGGAGAGAGCGCGGAAGGCGGCGACGGAGCACGCGGCGGAGGAAGGGGUUUUGCGCUUUUUGUCGUUGGGAGGGCGAGAGGCAAUGCAGGGGAUGACGGUGGCGACGGCGAAUAAGAGAAGAGGGGCGGCGGAGUUGGUGGUGAGGAGGGAGGUCGGCGAGGCGGUGUAGAUGGAGUCGGAGAGGAGGGAGGUGGUGGGGUCGAGGUGGUUUUGGAGGUUGAGCAGAUUUGUAAGCGUAAAGAAGAAUUCCUCAUCCAUGGUUCCUGAUUCCACGGUUUCCCUCCUCUUUCGUCCCGAAUCUUCUGAACUGUGUUUUAGCCACCAGUCCACGA